ACUGAUUGAUACAAGAAAGGGAAGAUACGAAUCAGAUCAAGUUUCAUCCGUCUCACCCCCACCAUUGAAACAAGUCAUCAGGUGUGUACCUACGAACCUAGCUCGAAAUGUCAUGAGAAAUGAGGGUUAGGGUUUUUAAAGUUUGGGAUAGAUGGGCUGUGUGUUUGGAAGAGAGAUUUCGUCUUCUGGGCCACCAAUUUCUGAAAUUGUAGUAGACAAGAGGAGAGAGAAAGAUAGUGGGGAUUCGAAUGUUCAAUCUGGGAGGAGAGAGAGAGCUUCAGUAGCAAAUCCUGACACCAGCAACAAUGGUGGAGGCGGUGGGGAGGCACAAAAUGGGGUGCCUCAGAAGGGGGAUAAAGAUGUCAAUGUAAGGCCGCGAGGUGAGAGAAGGCGCUCAAAGCCUAAUCCUAGACUGAGUAAUCCUCCCAAGAACAUCCAUGGUGAACAGGUUGCUGCUGGCUGGCCAGCUUGGCUAUCUGCUGUCGCCGGAGAGGCUAUCAAUGGGUGGAUUCCUCGGAGGGCUGAUACUUUUGAGAAGAUCGACAAGAUUGGGCAAGGCACAUACAGUAACGUGUACAAAGCUAAGGAUACUAUGACAGGAAAAAUAGUGGCAUUGAAGAAGGUUCGGUUUGACAAUUUGGAGCCCGAGAGUGUGAAGUUUAUGGCCAGAGAGAUUUUGAUAUUGCGCCGGUUAGAUCAUCCCAAUGUUGUAAAGUUGGAAGGGUUGGUGACGUCAAGGAUGUCUUGCAGCUUGUAUCUUGUUUUUGAGUACAUGGAACAUGACUUGGCUGGACUUGCUGCCAGUCCUACUAUCAAGUUUACAGAGCCUCAGGUCAAGUGUUACAUGCAUCAGCUCUUGUCUGGGCUUGAACAUUGUCACAACCGCCACGUGCUGCAUCGGGAUAUCAAGGGGUCAAAUCUUCUUCUUGAUAAUGGUGGGAGUUUGAAGAUUGCUGAUUUUGGCCUGGCCUCCUUCUUUGAUCCUAAUCACAAGCAGCCAAUGACUAGUCGGGUAGUUACAUUAUGGUAUAGACCACCAGAGCUGCUUCUCGGGGCCACUGAUUAUGGUGUAGGUGUUGACCUCUGGAGUGCAGGUUGCAUUUUAGCAGAGUUAUUGGCUGGGAAGCCUAUCAUGCCUGGCCGUACGGAGGUAGAGCAGCUUCAUAAGAUCUUCAAGUUAUGUGGUUCCCCUUCUGAAGAAUAUUGGAAAAAGUCAAAGCUACCACAUGCAACCAUAUUUAAACCCCAGCAGUCGUACAAACGAUGCAUAGCAGACACAUUCAAAGCUUUCCCACCUUCAUCAUUGCCACUGAUUGAUACCCUCCUUGCCAUUGAUCCGGCUGAACGUCAAACUGCAACAGCUGCUUUGAGAAGUGAAUUCUUCACGACGAAACCUUAUGCUUGUGAUCCUUCAAGCCUUCCAAAAUACCCACCGAGCAAGGAGAUGGAUGCCAAACUCCGUGAUGAAGAAGCUAGAAGAUUGAGAGCUGCUGGUAAAACCAAUGCUGAUGGAGUGAAGAAGACUCGCACACGUGAAAGACCUGCAAGGGCUAUGCCUGCUCCAGAAGCCAAUGCUGAACUGCAAGCAAACAUUGAUAGACGGCGGUUGAUUACACAUGCAAAUGCAAAGAGCAAGAGUGAGAAGUUUCCUCCGCCCCAUCAGGACGGAACAAUGGGUUACCCACUCGGUUCUUCACAUCACAUGGAUCCAACUUUCGAUCCACCUGAUGUCCCAUUCAGUUCAAACUUUUCAUAUGCAAAACCACCGAUCCAGACUUGGUCUGGGCCAUUGGCGGAGCCUGCUCCUGCAGGUCGUCCACGCAGAAAGAAACAUAAUGAUUCAUCAUCAAAGAAUAAUUAGACUUCAAAACCAGAAGGCUGGACCAAUGAAUGGCAAGUGCCGGGAAACCCACUUUUUACGUGUAGAAUGCAGAGGUAAAGUAUUUUGUUGUUUGUGUUUCUUGUUCGAUUUUUACAUUACGGGAUGGUGAUUGAGUACUGUACAUGUUCAUCUUUUUCGCCCUUUGUGUUGGUUAGCCAGGUCAGUGAACUUCAAAUAAACAUACAACUAUUGAACAAAUACUCUUAUCUAACAUUGGACUAUAUUAAUUGCAAUGUAUCAUUUUCUGUCGACU